AUGGCACAGUGCUGAAACGUCCGGGACCGGACUGUCUUUGGUAAUUUAGGACCGAAACGUCAUGGUACCGAAAUGACUCGUGAUAUUGACAUGUACACCGGUCAAAAUGGCGCUUAUGUUUACUUCCACCCCCAGCAUCAGAAAGGCUGUAGGUCUGAUCAAUGAGGUUGAUCAAGGCAAAUUCCCAUUAGUUGUUUCUAGAAUUUUACAGAAAUUACAUUUAAAGGAUGAGAGAACAUUUUCGGAAGAUGAGGAAGAGAAGUUGCAAGGCACGCUUGGUAUGUCAGGACCAGAUCUUGAAUUACUGCUACAGACAUUGGAGUUUUUCCUACAACAGUCAGCUUACCACACAGCCAAGCCAGCAGCACUCUCUCAACAAUUGUCUCAACUAGGAAUGGAUCAAGACAAGGUUGAUACCAUUGUUGAAUCAUGGACCACGAAAGGACGGGAAGUUAUACAGAAUCUAAGACAAAGGGCUCUAAUGCCAAAUCAAUUAACAGAUAUAAAUUGGAGAUUAAAUUUACAAAUGGCCCAAUCAAUGGAAACGAAGCAGAAAUUACCAAAUGCUAUGUUUGAACUUGGUGUCCAUCGUGAAGGGCAGGAAGAUAAAGAAAAGAUACGAAUGGAGUUCACUCAUGAUGAAUUAUAUCAAUUUUACAAUCAGUUGGAAACUAUUCAGAAACAGAUUGAUGGUUUAAGCUGAUAGUUUAAACCAAGAUUAGAGGUAGUCCAGCCAAAGUCUUCUUUCACUUCAAUGUCUUGUUUGAAAUAUAUGUGGAACAAUGUUAUCCAUUCCAUUUAACUUUGCAUAAGUAGAAAAGACAUUGUUAUGGUGUAGUAGGCUACACAUUUCUUGUAUUUGAAUACAUUCAUUUAAUUCAAUCAUUUGUAGAAGUUAAAUUAUUUUACAUGUCAGUAUGUUAAGAAAUUUUAACGUUCAUUCUCCUGAGAACUUGAUAAUGUUUUUAGAUUUGCAUUUAUUGAAAUACAUGUAUGAUGUAUAAUUACUCAGUUUUCUGCCCAAAAGUCUGUGUUACUGCUGUCAGGACAUAUAUUAUUAGUUAUUAAAAUUUGGACAGGUUAUAAGCUUAAGCAUAGUUAUAUAUAGUAAAAUAGCCAUUUAUACACAGCCAUGUAACAUGUCAUAAUUUCCAUGAGGCAACACAUGUGAUCACUGAUAUAUUAUAUACAAUACAUUUUUAACUGCCCAAUUGCUUUCUUUGAUAAAAGAGCAAAAAUUUGAUCUUCUACUGAUUAGGAGUAUUUAUGGUUGUUUUUAAUGAAAUGUUUGUUGCAAUUCAUGAAUUGUAAUCAUUGUCCUUUGCAUAUGUUGAUUGCAAGCCAUUUACAUGUGAUUUUAUUGUGUAAACUAUAUGUAAAAACUGUGCAAUAAAUUAUUUUUUAUAAUGCAAA